AUGCCUGAAGUAUAUGCUGCACACCAGGAUUACGCAUUCCCUAGGAACUUCAAGGGAUAUGGAGAGAAGGGCUUGGAGGGUUUAAAGUGGCCCAACAAUGCCAAAAUUGCAGUCUCGUUCGUUAUCAACUACGAAGAGGGAGGCGAGCGAUCAGUGCUGCAUGGAGAUGGCCGUUCAGAGACAUCUCUCCGCGAGUAUCCCGCAGAGCCGGAUAUCAAUGAGCGCAAUUAUAGUGCCGAGUCUGAGUUCGAAUAUGGCUCUCGCCGUGGAUGGUGGCGCAUGUUCAAACUGUUCAACGACUACAAGAUGAAGUUCACACUUUAUGCUGUUGGCUCCGCUUGCGAAGAACAGCCCGAAGUUGUGACUCGAUGUGUUGAAGAAGGUCACGAUAUUGCAUCUCAUGCGUACAGAUGGAUCGACCACAAGAACCUGUCUGUCGAAGCUGAGAAGCAGCACAUUCGAAACGGCAUUACUGCUCUGAAGAAGCUCGCUGGGUACGCUCCCAAAGGAUGGUACUAUGGCCGUCCAUCACCACAAAGUAGAGCACUCAUUCCUCUUGUGUACGAGGAAAUGGGCGAGGAGCUUCUAUGGGCCAGCGAUACCUAUGCCGACGAUAUUCCUUACUGGACUGAUCUUCCUCAGGAGCGCAACAGUGAGAGUCCUAAGGGCUGUCUGAUGCUCCCCUACAGCUACGACUGCAACGACUUCAAGUUCCUCACUGCAGCCACUGGCUUCCGUGAUCCUAAUGGCUUUUAUACUCACAUCAAGAAUGCGUUCGACGUGCUCUACGAGGAAGGAGAAGCAGGUGAGCCGAAGAUGAUGACUAUUGGCCUGCAUUGCCGCAUCAUCGGAAGACCCGGCCGUUUCAAGGCUCUGCAAGAUUUUGUGAAGUACAUCUCUGAGAAGGAAGGCGUGUGGGUUGCGACCAGGACGGAGAUUGCUGAAUCUUUUAGGGAGCAAUUCCCUUACAAGAAGGGCCAGCUAGCGUAA